AUGUUACCGCGUUUUCUUGUGCGUGUUUGUGGCGUAGCUGUUAUUGUAGCUCUUGGUCUGCUCGUGCUGGUUAUGCAGCAAGAGUCCUCAAGAUCCAUUAGUCCUCAACAAAAUUAUGUAGAGAAAAAACAAGCAGUCGAAAUGACAUCAUCAAGACCUACUCGUCGAGCUACUGAAGUUCCACUCGUUGAAGUACUGGCCAAGUAUCCACACGAUACAGCAGCAUUCACACAAGGUUUUACGGUUGUGCAUCGAGACAAUAAAAAGAUGUUUAUUGAAUCAACGGGACUCUUUGGAGCAUCUAGUUUACGUCAUAUUGAUAUUGAAAGUGGACAAGUACUCCAACAGUAUGAUUUACCAACAGAAUUCUUUGGAGAGGGUGUAACGCUUGGCCCAAAGCAUGAGUUGGUCAUGCUCACGUGGAAGAACAAGAUUGGUCUUGUGUUUGAUCUAGACAAGACUACAGAUGACAAGUUGAAUAGCUUUACAUUGCAUCGUGAGUUUAAAUUUGAGACUGUCACGGGGGAAGGCUGGGGGAUCACAUAUGACGGCAGACACUUUAUCGUCUCGGACGGGUCGUCGACCAUCAUGUUCUGGGACCCAUUCACGAUGAAAGAAGUGAGACGUAUCGAUGUCAUGAUUGAUGAUGGUAAGCAAGCUAUAUCCCAUAUCAACGAGCUAGAGGUCGCCAAGGGGUUCAUCUAUGCAAAUGUAUGGUAUCAGCCUUAUAUUCUCAAAAUCAACCCCAAGACUGGUGCCGUUGUUACCAUCUUUGACUUGUCAAAACUUGUCGCGGACGCUGGUGUUGAUGCAAACUCCGGUGCAGUUCUGAAUGGUAUUGCCUACGACGACGUAGAUGACGUGUUUUACGUCACAGGUAAGCUCUGGAAGUUGGUGUAUAAAGUCCGUCUUGUUGAUCCCGCAUAG